AUGGACCUAAAAAUUAUAAGAUCAUACGUGGAAAUUCACUAUAAGAUUCUAUUAAAAACUUAUAGUGUAAAACAUAAUAUAUUACGUAAAAUAUGGCGUAAACUUUACAAUUUUAUAAAAGAUAUAAUAAAUAAAGUUAACGCCAAUAAUUACAUAUUAUUAGCUAAUAUAGAAUAUUUAAAUAAUAAAAAUAUGUUUAUAGAUUUUAUAUACGCUUUAAUAUACAACAGAAAAGAAGUUUUUAAUGUUAUUAUAGCUGUAAUUAAAAUUUUUAUCAAUUUUUCAUCCGAAUUAAUAACAUACUAUUAUAUAUAUUUUUUAAAAAUUUUAUUGUCAUUUAUGGUAGAAUAUGUUAAAAAAAAUGACGGAUUUUGUUAUUUAACUAUAAAAGAAAUAUUAAAGCUUAUUAUAAGAUUUAUUAAAGGUUUAUUAUAUUUAGGGAAAAUGAUUUCCGGAAUAUUUUUAGUAUUAUGUUUUUGCCGUCGUAUAUAA